AUGACCAAGCGAAAAUCGCGUAAGCGCAAGCGGAUUCAGCAGGGUGGUACUAUGGAGUAUGGGACUGCUGCAGCGCAGGUAGCUGCUGAGGCAUCUAUAGCGCCUCAGCGAUCCAAGAAGGCUUGUGGUGGUAGUGGUCAAGAACUAGCCCAACCAGCUCUUCAGCGCUGUGAUACGCUUACAUAA